AUGCCCCGUCGUUGGUUUUCCGAUCGGUUCCAUCAUGCCUGGGGACGCGUGGCCGGUCGCCAUGGCCGGCAAAGGGACCAAGGAAGUCAAAGCCCUCAACACUAUGCGGAAAUUGUGGCUGCUCCCGAUCAGAGCCCGGAUCGGGCCAACCACCUCCGUCGAGGCGCCUCUCUUCCAGAUCUCCUGACCCGUGCCACCCUAGGUGUUAUUGCCCAGCCGCUUCCUCUUGAUAGUGAAAGCCUUUGGGAUACUCCGACACCUGCCCCUUCUCCUGUUCAGUCCCAGUCAAAUGGCGCUAUUGGUCUCGGUACUUUCCUCGGGGAAUUGGAAAGAGAAGCAUCCCGUGAAGACCAGCAUUUUGCCCCAACAGCUAUUAUUACGACUCGCGACACUGGAUCCAUCGGUACAGGAAUUGAGGAUCAGCCCUGGAUGCUUCCUGGCCAAGAUUUCUUCCCUGAAAGUCAGCCGCCGGUUCCUAGCCAUCUGAGAACCGGACUAUUUUUGAGCUCUCAGCCGAAACAUCGCACGCUUGAGCCAUGCGACUGCUGCAGCCCAAAGACCUUGGCCGGAGACUGGCGAGCCUUGACUCUCGACCCUCUCACGCAUACCUUUACUCGUCACGAAUCUUUGGCAUCGUGCUCUGAGCUUCGCGGCCGAGACCAUUCCAAGUCUGAAGACAAAGCCUUUGCGGUCCCUAUCAGUGUUAUUACUAUUCACAGCGAUGUCUUUGCCCUUCUACUUGAGGUUCUCGUCUCUCCGAGCGGACUGAUUGGCCAAGAAGACGGGCUUAAUCUCCCGCUGUUGCUUGCCACGUUGUCAUAUGCUCUAGACCAAGGCAUGACCCGAGAGACUAAAAAGCUCAAGAGAACUAUUGAUCGAUACAUCCCCCUCCGCAUGUUCCACCACAAUCCUCAUAACAACUCACCUCGUCUGGAGUUUGAGUAUUACGAGUUCCGUUCCGAGGAAGUCUACCGGGCCUGGCUAGUAGUCUCUAAAGAUGGGAGACUCCAUGACUACCUCUCUCCCAGUGAGGCGGUAACUCUUUACAUCUACUUAGUGCCUAAUUGGUGGUGGUCUAACUGGAUUCACGACUACGACGAAAAGUUCAUAGAAGACACAAACAUUGCCUGGGCCUAUACCGAGGGCGUCCCUGGGAGUCGGUUUGAGCAAGUCUUUCAAAGUUUCUUCAGCCGCACACGACUUGGAUUGCAUUCUUGGACAGGAAGCGCUGCCCUUAGUGGUGGAGACCAAAGCUCUGUGACUAAGACCGGGUCUCAGGAAGAAGCUUUACAAGGAUCCGGCAACCAACCAGACGGCGCUCUCACCCUCUAUGGCGUCCCGUUCCAGGGAACUCGGAAGGCACCGCAUCAAAAGUACCCUCCAGUAAGCGGAGGUGAUUUGGAAGAAACCCUAAGGGGAUUUCAGGGGGGCCCACGCCAGUGGGCUCUCGAUGCACUUUUCAGUGGUGCGCCUGGGGCUUCGGAUAACAACCCAACGCCCGGGACCCAAGGUGCGCCCUUCACGGGUGCUCUUGGUGACACGCAUGAGAGCCCAUGCCAGGCUCUUGAUGCACUUUUCAGUGGUUCUCCCCGGGGUUCGAAUAACAGCCGAAAGCCCGGGACUCAAGAUGUACCUACUACAGGUGCUCUUGAGGCGGUGCAGGUGAGCCAGCACUGGGCUCUCGAUGCACUUUUCACUGGCAGUGCUAGGGAGAUUCUGGAUGAGUCGGUUCAAGAUGGAUUUCGCACUGGUGUGCCUGAGGGUUCGGAUUACGAUCAAAUGCGUGGAGAUCAAGAUGUACCUCGUAUUGUGCCUCCUGUGGCUGUAUCUGACAUAUCUGCUAGUUCAGAGCGAGACAUUCGUCGAAUUCGCAGAGAGACAGCUGUGUUACCUCAGGUUGAUUGA